AUGUCUCGAUUAUUUAUGUUUGUGUCGCUGUGGCCAUCCUGCGAUUCCCGCAUGUUGAACCCGACCACAACCACGAAGGAGCGCAUAAGGCGCAUUCUUGUCUUGCUCAAGCUCAGGAGGAAGAAGGAGAAGCCAGCGAUAUUCACAGCCCACCUCAGUCCAGAAUCAACGCACGCUGAACCUGACCGCAACUCUGAACAUGAACAUACCCGAACCCGGUCAACAGCGCAGCACAUCUAUGAAGAGCCCAAUGGUGAUCCUGAGGCCGGCUCUGAAGAAACACCUAGUGGAUCGAUUCAUUCAGCUUGUACCCAAAUAAGCGACGGCCCUUCAGUAUCACCCACAGCAUAUCCCAAUCUGGAGAAACUGCUCCCAGACGAGCUCUUGUUGAAUAUAUUAGAGAUUUCUACGGAAUAUUGCGGAUACAUCGGGAUGGACAUUGACCCAGAAGUCCUUUAUGGGCAAACUCCAAAUCUACGACGCCCACCGGGCGCUGGGUGGGACAUCCUGCGGCAAAUCCUCAAGACACGUCUAACUACUGUACUCUCGGCACUUUGCUUGAAAAUCCAAGAUAUUUACAUCAUGUAUCACACAUCACCUUCCUUAAUGCGGGGAACGACAAUCCCAUCUAUGACAGACACGAUGAAUGGACUAUGGAAGUUCUUAACAGGCUCCCGAAUCUUCGUCGACUAA